UGCCAGGAGACGGCGGACGCUGCGAUGGCGGCGCGGUUCAGCGCGGGUCAGUACGAGGACGCCUUCACCCCCCAUCGCCUGCAGAACUGGAGCGUUGCCCGGCGCUGCCGGCAGCGCCCCUCCCCCCGGGACGGCUCCACUCAACCUUUAGCCAACGAUCGCGGCCAUUUGCUGCCCUCGGUUCCUCGCUCCCAGGCCUCCCCAUGGGGGACGUUUUUGGGGACGUGGGAGAUGCCGGCCCGGAUUCCCCCCCCUCAGCUGAACCUCACGGCCCGUUCGGCCGCCGCCGCCGCGCAGCUCCGCGCCUGGAUGCAGAAAUGCUCAGCGCCCAGUGGGGGCUGCGGUGGCCUCAGCGCCCACACGGCUGGGAAGCCCCAGCAGAGCUGCGGGGCUCCUGGUGCCGCCCUGGAGCCGAGGAGCGGCGCUGAGGACGGGCGCGGAGCGCAGCCUUCGCCCACGGCGGCAGCAGGGGAGCAACGGGGCAGCAGCAGCGAGGGGCAAAACGCAGCGCUGGGGGCGGCGCGGGGCAGAAACGGGGCCGCAAGCGAACCCUGAAGGCGAUUCCCCCCCCCCCCAAAUCUGCAGGAGCAGCGCGGAGCCGGCAGGGCGCAGCCAAAGCCCAGCUCGUCCUUAAGGCUCGGCGAAUAAAAAGGAGCUCCCCAUCAAAACCAUGGGAAGUUUGGGGCUGCAAAAAACGUCGGGUGUCGCCGUCAGAUUCCGCCCCCGCUGCGGCCCCGCAGAGCCGGGAUUCAGGGCUGCGGAUGGGAGGCGGGACCCCAACGGGCUCCCCUGCAAAGCAAAGCCAGCAAAGCGCAGCUCAAAGCCAUCGGAACCCAUCAGAGCGCAGCUCAAAGCUCCGCAAACACCCAGAGCGCGGGGAGGAAAGGAGGAAACCGCCGGCAGCGUCGCACCGACGGAACCCGGCGCCCAAACUCCGAAGGCCGGCGCUUCUCC